CUUUGCGGCUUGAAUAACAAAAAAAUAUUUUUAGUGUGAUAUUGGCAAGUUGAUUUGUGAAUUAGGAAUUCUGUCUUUUAAUUAUUGCUAAAUAAAAAUGCCUGUCGAAAACUUGGAAGAAGAAGGUUUGGAAAAGAACCCAAAACUCGAAUUAGCUCAAUAUAAGUUUCUAUUGUCUUUACCGGAGCAUAAACAAGAUGCUGCCUUAAAAGCAAAAUUACUAGAAGCAGUUCGCGCUGACAACAUGGCUCCUUGGUAUGAACAUAUUUGUUUGGAACUUAAUUGGCCAGUUGACAAAGAUCUGCUUGCUCGUAUGCGUGAACAAAACCGUCUUGAAUUAACUAAAUUGGAUGACGCUAUAGAAGAUGCCGAAAAGAAUUUGGGUGAAAUGGAGGUACGAGAAGCAAAUUUGAAGAAAUCUGAAUAUUUGUGCCGAAUUGGUGACAAAACUGCUGCCGAGACUGCCUUCCGUAAAACAUAUGAAAAAACGGUUUCUCUUGGACAUCGUUUAGAUAUAAUAUUUCACCUUAUCCGUCUUGGUCUCUUUUACUUGGACCACGAUUUAAUUACACGCAACAUUGAUAAGGCAAAGUAUCUUAUUGAGGAAGGUGGCGAUUGGGAUCGCCGCAAUCGAUUAAAGGUGUAUCAAGGAAUAUACUCGGUCGCAGUGCGUGAUUUUAAAGCAGCUGCUAAUUUCUUCUUGGAUACCGUAAGCACAUUCACCUCAUACGAACUGAUGGAUUAUCCAACUUUUGUUCGCUACACUGUAUAUGUAGCAAUGAUUUCUUUACCACGUAAUGAAUUGCGUGACAAAGUUGUUAAAGGCGCUGAAAUUCAGGAGGUACUUCAUGGCCUACCAGAUGUAAAAGAAUAUCUCUUUGCUCUAUACAACUGUCAUUAUGCCGAAUUCUUCAAACACUUGGCUGAUGUAGAAUUAGUAUUACGUAGUGACUACCUAGCAAAUCCGCACUAUCGCUAUUAUGUACGCGAAAUGCGCAUCCUAGCAUACACGCAACUGCUCGAGUCCUAUCGUUCAUUAACAUUGCAAUACAUGGCUGAGGCAUUCGGAGUGGAUGUAGACUAUAUAGACCAAGAAUUGUCUCGAUUUAUUGCUGCUGGACGAUUGCAUGCAAAGGUGGACCGUGUCGGCGGUAUCGUCGAAACCAAUCGCCCCGACAACAAAAACUGGCAAUAUCAGGCCACAAUUAAACAAGGUGAUCUGUUACUCAACCGUAUUCAGAAACUGAGUCGCGUAAUUAAUAUUUAAAAUGAAAACUAUUGUACCAUUUAUAGUAAACGUAUUUGUAUAUGUAUUUAGAAAUGAGUAAUAAACCAAAUCGUUUCCCCAAAAUUUA